GAAACUUCAUUUUCUGCUAGUCAAUUCCAUUGUCUCCUCUGCAAGUUACAUUUCAACGGGACAAGAGACGAAUCAAUUUACUGUUGCAGCGAAAACAUGAAUCCUGGUGGGUAUACGGUUGAAGUGACGGGCUUGUCUCCUAAAGCAACGGAGAAGGAUAUCCUCGAUUUCUUCGCUUUCUCUGGCGCAAUCGAGCUCGUUGAGAUUGUGAGGUCUGGUGAAGAUGCCUGCACUGCAUAUGUGUCAUUCAAAGAUGCUUACUCUCAAGAGACUGCUUGCCUGCUGAGUGGUGCAACAAUUGUAGAUCAACGAGUGUGCAUAACACGGUGGGGACAUUUCGAUGAAGAAUUUGAUUUCUGGAGCAGGCCUUCCGGUGACCAUGAAGAAGACGGUACUCCUGCUUCGGCUCAAAGAAGUCAGUUUGUUUCCACCGCUGGAACCGCAGUGUCCAUGGCCCAGGACGUAGUCAAAACCAUGCUGGCCAUGGGUUACGUGCUGGGGAAAGAUACAUUUACGAAAGCCAAAGCAUUUGAUGAAUCUCAUCAGGUCUCAGCAACCGCAGCAGCUAAGGUAGCUGAUUUGAGUAACAGAAUUGGCCUUACUGACAUGAUUGGUGCAGGGUAUGAAGCGGCUAAAACCAUGGAUGAGAAGUACCACGUAUUGCAGACAACCAAAUCAGCUAUAUCAGCCACUGGAAGAACAGCUGCUGCUGCUGCUGAUACGGUGGUUAGGAGUAGCUACUUCUCCAGGGGAGCUCUUUUCAUGUCUGAUGCCCUGAAUCGAGCUGCCAAAGCUGCAGCUGACUUGGGUAGUCGUGGUCUCGAACAUUAAGACGUUAGAGAGUCCUUCUGCUCAUCCAUUGUAAAUAAAGCACUGAUAUUUUAUCAGAACGUACAUUCAUCUGAAAGCUGUAUGUAUAAAUUUUACAUUUCAUAGAGUUCAAUCACACCAGUCCUUUGAACCUCUAAAAUUUGCUAAAUUUUAGCCUCUGAAUAGUCAGUAAAAUACGAGUCGAAUCGUCUCCCAGAUUGUACUUUUUA